AUGUGCUUUUCGAGCAAUACAAUCGACGACCCAACGCAGCCACCAAUGCGCGUCACGGGACUCUUCGGUCAGAGAGUCUCUGAUCCCACACAGCAGCCGAUCCAUAUAACAAAAUCUGAGGACACUCAUUCGAGCCAAGUCCAAGCUUCAGAUACCCAGAAGCGGAAGGGGAGCCGGAAAAACAGUGCGGCAUUCGUUGACGUGACAGAUGAAGAGCCUAAGCCUAUAACAAGAAAGAAGUCGGAUGCGGACGCAGAAACAGCACAUUCUGACCCAAAGAGAAAUGCGCAGAAGAACUGGCGCGGUCGAAGCUCCAACCCAGCGACGUUUGGCUUCGGGCUUGGUGCCGACUUCGGAGCCACGCCAGCAUGA